UCUGUGGCUGGUGCAAAGAGCAUUCCCCCCCAAGGCCGUGUGGCGAAACCUAUCUACAGGUGCGAUGCCUUGCCGGCCGCCAUCAGAUGAGUUGGUGUUCUUUGUGAAUGGGCGGAAGGUGAUAGAAAGGAACGUGGACCCAGAAGGGACGCUGCUGACUUUCCUACGAAGGAACUUGCGUCUCACAGGAACCAAGUAUGCCUGUGGAGAAGGUGGCUGUGGCGCCUGCACUGUGAUGGUGUCCAAGAAUGACCCUGCGUCCAAGAAGAUAAGACACUUCUCCGUCACUGCAUGCCUGGUGCCCAUCUGCUCUCUGUAUGGCACUGCUGUCACCACCGUGGAAGGUAUUGGGAGCAUCAAAACGAGGCUUCACCCCAUACAGGAGCGAAUCGCCAAGUGUCACGGCACCCAGUGUGGCUUCUGCAGCCCUGGGAUGGUGAUGUCCAUGUACACACUACUCAGGAACCACCCGCAGCCCUCAGAGGAGCAGCUCAUGGAAGCCCUGGGGGGUAAUCUGUGCCGCUGUACUGGGUAUCGGCCAAUUCUCGAGAGUGGACGAACCUUCUGCAUGGAGUCAGAUGGCUGUCAACAGAAGAGAACAGGAAAAUGCUGCUUGGAUCAGGAAGAAAGUGCUUCUUCCACACUCGGCAGGAGAAACGAUAUUUCCACGAAGUUAUUUUCCCAAGAGGAGUUCCAGCCUUUGGACCCUACCCAGGAGCUCAUAUUUCCUCCAGAACUCUUGAGGAUGGCAGAGAAUCCAGAAAAACGAACGCUGUCCUUUUAUGGAGAAAGGGUCACCUGGAUCUCCCCUGGGACCCUCAAGGAUCUCCUGGAGCUGAAAGUGAAACACCCUGAAGCCCCUCUCAUCCUGGGCAACACCUCCCUGGGGCCUACAAUGAAAUCUCAAGGACAAUUUCACCCAAUUCUCCUCUCUCCUGCUCGGAUCCCUGAGCUGAGUGUGGUGACUAAAACAAGCGAAGGAUUGACAAUAGGUGCUGGCUGCAGCCUGGCCCAGAUGAAGGACAUCUUGGCUGAGAGGAUAUCCGAGCUCCCAGUGGAAAAAACUCAAACGUAUCAAGCCCUCCUGAAGCACUUGCAGAGUCUAGCAGGCCAGCAGAUCCGGAAUAUGGCAUCCUUAGGGGGACAUAUCGUAAGCCGGCAUUGCUACUCUGACCUCAAUCCAAUUCUUGCUGUGGGCAACGCUACCCUCAAUCUCGUAUCAGCAGAAGGUACACGGCAGAUUCCUCUAGACGGACAUUUUCUGGCUGAGUUGGAAAGCACAGACCUCAAGCCAGAGGAAAUUUUGGAAUCUGUGCAUAUCCCUCACUCUCAGAAGGGGGAAUUUGUGUCAGCCUUCCGGCAGGCCCAAUGCCCACAAAAUGCCCUGCCCCACGUGAACGCCAGCAUGCGCGUCCUUUUCAAAGAAGGCACAGACAGCAUUGAGGACCUAAGCAUCGCCUAUGGGGGCGUGGGGCCCACCACAGUCUGCGCACAUAAGUCCUGCCAGCAGCUCCUUGGGAGGCGCUGGAACAAGCUGAUGCUGGAUGAGGCUUGCCGGCUGCUUCUGGACGAAGUUUCCCUCCCAGGCUCAGCCCUGGGAGGCAGGGUGGAAUUCAAGCGGACUCUGGUAGUCAGCUUCCUCUUCAAAUUCUACCUAGAGGUCUUGCAGGAACUGAAGAAGCCGGCGAAGCUACUCUCUGUGUCUGACAGCUGUCGUUACCCUGACAUUUCAGACCGAUUCCUAAGUGCCACAGAAGAUUUCCCCGCCACAGUACCCCGGGGAGUCCAAACGUACCAGAGUGUGGAUUCUCGCCAGCCGCUCCGAGACCCAGUUGGACACCCCAUCAUGCACCUCUCGGGUCUGAAACAUGCCACGGGUGAAGCCAUAUUUUGCGAUGACAUUCCCAUGGUGGACAGAGAAGUUUUCAUGGUUUUGGUGACCAGUAGCAGGGCUCAUGCAAAAAUCAUAUCAAUUGAAUUAUCUGAGGCCCUUGAACUACCUGGGGUGAUUGACGUGAUAACUGCUGAAGACCUUCCAGGCACCAAUGGUGCAGAAGAUGACAGAUUGCUGGCUGUAGAUGAGGUACUUUGCGUGGGCCAGAUCAUCUGUGCUGUGGUUGCAGAGACUGAUGUACAAGCAAAGCGAGCAAUUGAAAAGGUAAAGAUCACCUAUGAAGAUCUGGAGCCUGUAAUCUUCACCAUCCAGGAUGCUAUAAAACACAAUUCAUUCCUGUGCCCCGAAAAAAAACUUGAACAAGGAAACAUUGAGGAAGCAUUUGAAAAAGUUGACCAGAUUGUUGAAGGAGAGGUCCAUGUUGGAGGACAGGAACACUUUUACAUGGAAACACAGACAGUGCUUGUUAUUCCAAAGACAGAGGACCAAGAACUGGACAUUUUUGUGUCAACGCAGGAUCCAGCCCACGUGCAGAAAACAGUGUCCUCUACUUUAAACAUCCCCAUCAACAGGAUCACCUGUCAUGUAAAACGAGUGGGUGGAGGUUUUGGAGGGAAGGUGGGAAGGCCAGCCACGCUGGGGGCGAUUGCAGCUGCGGGCGCUGUCAAAACUGGUCAUCCCAUUCGUCUUGUUCUUGAUCGUGAAGAUGAUAUGUUAAUAACUGGGGGAAGACAUCCAUUAUUUGGAAAAUACAAAGUGGGAUUCAUGAACAAUGGGCGGAUCAAAGCUCUAGACGUGGAGUGCUACAUUAACGGAGGAUGCACGCUGGACGACUCGGAGAUGGUAACAGAAUUUCUUAUACUAAAGCUGGAAAACGCAUAUAAAAUCCGCAACCUUAGGUUCCGGGGCCGUGCCUGCAGAACAAAUUUACCAUCCAAUACUGCUUUUCGCGGGUUUGGCUUCCCACAAGGAACCCUGGUAACAGAAUCUUGCAUCACAGCUGUGGCAGCCAAAUGUGGCCUUCUGCCAGAAAAGAUUAGGGAGAAAAACAUGUACAAAACGGUUGAUAAGACCAUCUACAAACAAGCAUUCAGCCCUGAGCCCCUGAUAAGAUGUUGGAAUGAGUGUCUGGACAAGUCUUCCUUUCAUAGCAGACGAAUACAAGUGGAAGAGUUCAAUAAGAAGAAUUAUUGGAAGAAGAAAGGCAUUGCUGUGGUCCCCAUGAAAUUUUCAGUCGGCUUUGCUGCGACAAGCUAUCAUCAGGCGGCUGCCCUCGUUCACAUCUACACGGAUGGGUCUGUGUUGGUUACACAUGGAGGCAAUGAACUGGGACAAGGCAUCCACACCAAAAUGCUCCAGGUGGCCAGCCGUGAACUAAAAAUCCCCAUGUCCUACCUGCACAUCUGCGAAACAAGCACCGCAGCCGUGCCUAACACCAUCGCCACCGCAGCAUCCAUCGGGGCCGACGUCAACGGCAGAGCCGUGCAGAACGCUUGCCAGAUCCUUCUGAAACGCCUUGAGCCCAUCAUUAAGAAAAAUCCAGAGGGCACGUGGGAGGACUGGAUAGAAGCUGCAUUUGAACAAAGAAUCAGUCUCUCAGCCACUGGAUACUUCAGGGGCUACAAGGCCUUCAUGGACUGGGAUAAGGGGGAGGGAGACCCGUUUCCAUACUAUGUCUAUGGAGCUGCCUGCUCUGAGGUUGAAAUUGACUGCCUGACAGGGGCUCACAAGAAAAUCAGAACGGACAUCGUCAUGGAUGCGUGCUGCAGCCUAAACCCGGCCAUUGACAUCGGGCAGAUCGAAGGAUCGUUUAUUCAGGGAAUGGGCCUUUAUACCACUGAAGAACUGAAUUAUUCCCCAGAAGGCAUCCUGUAUUCUCGGAGCCCAAAUGAAUACAAAAUUCCAACCAUCACUGAUGUCCCAGAAGAGUUCAACGUCUCCUUGUUGCCAUCGUCACAAACUCCACUAACCAUCUACUCCUCUAAGGGCCUCGGGGAGUCUGGGAUGUUCCUGGGAUCAUCUGUGUUCUUUGCCAUUACUGAUGCUAUGGCCUCAGUACUCAGGGAAAGAGACAUAGCAGAGGACUUCACGGUGCAGAGCCCGGCGACACCAGAAAGGGUUCGAAUGGCUUGUGCAGAUCAGUUCACAGAAAUGAUCCCAAGAGAUGACCCUAAGACAUUUAAGCCUUGGUCUAUCCCUAUAGCAUAACACUGCUGUCAUUUCCUAAAAGGUGUUUCAGUUUCUCACAAGUAACAAAAAAAAAAUGGCUUAUUCCAAUCUGUCCCUGGAUUCAAGGCAAAAAAAAAAGAUGGCUCGUUAAUCCUAACGGAACUCCAAACUGAUAUUCUUAUACUAGCAUGGGGGAAAAGAAAAGACAUGAAAUUCAGAAGCAUUUUCCAAGUCUUAUAACAUUAACAGAAUGAAUCAUUAUUUACGAAUUAUUUACUUAGACUUUUUUCUUAAUUAUUUUAGGUUAAUAUGAGGGUACAGACAAUCUUAUUAGCUUUUUAGGAUAGAGAACACUGGGAAGGGAAUGCGGUGUCCACAGCAAGCAAGUCUCGUGCUGAUUUGCUUCUAACAAGGUCGUGUACAUGUUGCUGUAAAAGCCACGUUUUUUUCCUUUCUGUAUCUAUCCAAUCUAACUGGACUGGUAAUACAGGUUACACUCACAGCAUGAAAGACACUUCUCAGUAGAUAAAUAUCUGAUGACUUUUCCCAGUGACAUGUUUGAUUCAGUAGCCACACAGCAGUGACACCACAAGAGUUCUGUAAGCUCCUGUUUUGUUUUUACCAUGAUUGAUAGCAAAGGAAUGGUAUUUUCCUCACAUAAAUCUGCUAUUCAACUGGUUAACAUUUUUUGGGAAUUUGGAGGGGGAAAAAAUUAAUGUAAAAAAAAUGUUAUGGAUUAUUCACCAAACCCUUUUUUUUUUUUUUAAUUUGUUGAUGAAAAAGAUCCCAUCUGCUAUCAGAGUCUCAGAAAUACUGUAUGGCUCACUUUCCCAUACAUUGAAGUGGGUAACACAGAACAAAAGAAUUAUAAAUUGUAACCACCCCCUACCUUAUGGUCUGAAAUAUACAGGACCCACCAAAGUCCAUUCAUCUGAGUUUUAAGGGCCUUCAGAGGAAGAAAAACCAGCAUGUAAAUUAAGCUUUAUUUGAUAAGUUCGGGUGUAAGCAACCCUCUCCUAGCUGGAAUUCACAUGAUCAGGCCCACCAAGCCAAGGUUUGCAGUGACUCUUGCAGUGGCUAAAGGCAAUGUGGCAGAGCUGAGAACACUGGGCGGCUGGUGAGAGAAGAAACAUGAGGAGGCGUUGGGCACAGCCUAGAGGAGGCUGAAGGUCACUCAAGGCCGUGGGCACAGCUGUCUACAGGGCCAUCUGCUGACUUUCAAGGCUCCCCUAGGGCACAGGAGCUCGAGGGAUGAAGUGGAACAGGAGCACAAAGGUUAUGGACAGGACAAAAAUUAUAAAAGAUACACAAGCAAAAGAGCUGGGAAAACUUAGAGUGGCUGAUAUAAAAUAAUGUAGAAAUGCUUUUUUCAACAAUGUUUACCUAUUUUGAAAAUAAAAUCCUUAAUCUAAUAAGAAUGUUAGAAAUUUGUUUUAUCACACGGAUCAUUUUAAAUGAUGGCAUAUAUAAUUCGUAUUACUUUAAAUUUGGUCUAUUAGAGCUAAGGAUGGUAACCGGACAUUUAUUUGCCAUGGCUGAAAACUAUAAAGCAUUAAAAACAGAGGAUUUGAAUAAAAACAUUUCUGUGGUUUGAUGCACUAAAAUCUGGAUUGUGUGGAUAUUAAUAAAAUAAUUUGGGUGGGGCGGUGCCCAC